ACGGGGGCGGGGCCGAGGGACCAGGCGGCCGCUGCUGGCCGGAGGGCGGCCGGGACGGUGACGUCACCGCAUGACUGGGUUUUUAUGAAUGAAAGGAAUCCUGUGAGUGAGUAAUUCCGGGAAGCUCGCCUUACAACUCCGCGCGGCCUCGGCCCCCUGCGCCGCCCUCCCCACAACAAAACUCAGCGCGGCGCUCCAGAGCGCCCGGUUCAGAGCGACCUGAGGCUCAGAGCGGAGGGGAGACAGACCAGAGCGCGGGCCGGGACAGCGGCCGGGACAGCGGCGAGACGCGCGCGUGCGAGUGCGCCGGGCCAAGAGGGCCCAGAGGCGGGUCUGCGGCCCAGAAGGCACCUUCUGCAAACAUGUCUGUGGAUCCCCUAUCCAGCAAAGCUCUAAAGAUCAAGCGAGAGCUGAGUGAGAACACGCCGCACCUGUCGGACGAGGCGCUGAUGGGGCUGUCGGUGCGCGAGCUGAACCGGCACCUGCGCGGGCUCUCGGCCGAGGAGGUGACACGGCUCAAGCAGCGGCGCCGCACACUCAAAAACCGCGGCUACGCCGCCAGCUGCCGCGUGAAGCGCGUGUGCCAAAAGGAGGAGCUGCAGAAGCAGAAGUCGGAGCUGGAGCGCGAGGUGGACAAGCUGGCGCGCGAGAACGCCGCCAUGCGCCUGGAGCUCGACGCGCUGCGCGGCAAGUGCGAGGCACUGCAGGGCUUCGCGCGCUCUGUGGCCGCAGCCCGCGGGCCCACCACGCUCGUGGCGCCAGCCAGCGUCAUCACCAUCGUCAAGUCCACCCCGGGCUCGGGGUCUGGCCCCGCCCCCGGAGCGGACCCCGCCCACGGCCCGGCCUCCUGCUCCUAGUGCCCGCCCCCGCCAUGCCCCAGCCACGCCCCUCCGGCUCCAGCUCCCUCCCCAAAGUGCCUGAGCGCCGCCUCUGUGCCCAGGCCCCAUUUCUCUGCAGCACUGGCCCCUUGGUGCACACACACUCCCUCCAUGGGCCCUGUCUUCCUCUUGCAGCCCCCAAAACUGGGACCGCAUGGCCCUGGGAAGGGGAACUUUGGUAGGAUGGGGAUGGGACAGAGGUCUGGAUCUGGGAUCGCCCUUGGCUGAAAGUUUAGCCUUUUUAGAUUGAGAGAUACAGAGCCGGCUCAGAGAACAGCUGUUGGGGGAGAAGAGGGCACCCCUCAUCUUGGAAACUGCUCUGAUUGUGCCAAUAUGUCCUCCAAACCCUCCCAGGAUUCAGAGCUAGGUUUGGCUGGCUGUGACUUACAGGCCAUCCUGCUGAGAAAUUGCACUGAAGAGAUGCCUCCACCUCUGGUUUAGGCCUGGGGGUGCCUGACCCUCCGAAACUAAGAGUGGGUAGGAAGACUAGUGAAACCCAGUUCACAGAUGGGGAAACAGGCCCAAGGUCACAUUUCACUUAGUGGUUGUGCUGGGACCAAAACCUGGGUUUCCUCACUGCUGCCCUAAGAUUCAUUCCAGCCAUGGUUUUCAGGGGGACAGUGGACAGGGACUCAGAAAGGUGGUGGGAGGGCAUCCCUGGCCUGGGAGACCGCUCGCUGCAAGGGAGGGGGAGAGAAGCAGAGGGAGAGAGAAGGUGACAUGGAUGGAAGAGUGGGAAGGAGCUGGCCUGGUUCAGCCCUAGGCUGUCCCUGCAGCCAGGGUGUCCAGGGGCUGGCCAGUCAGAGAAACGGGGCCAUGGACUGCUGUGGCAAAUAGGGAGACAAGGAGACAGACCCUGCAGUCCUACUGCAGCCUGGAGUGGGGUCCUAAGAAGAAGGGUACCACCUUGACCCCUGUCAGUGUCCACUGUGUGGUGGGGGCUGACCCCUGCCUUUGAUUGUCAUUCUCCUGGGAAGCCCAGCCUCAAGUCCCUCCCCCAACACUGUCCACACUGCCCCUCCCCACUGUUUAUUUAUUGCACGGAUCUAAGUUAUUCUCCCCAGCCAGAGCCUGAGCUCCUGUUCCCUGGGGAAAGUGGCGUAUGGCCCUGAGCUGGACUUUAUAUUUUAUAUCUGCAAAUAAAUCACAUUUUAUCUUAUAUUUAGGGAAAGCCGGAUAGCAACAACAAAAAAUGUUUAAGCCAGGCACGGUGGCUCACACCUGUAAUCCCAGCACUUUGGGAGGCCAAGGAGGGGGAUCGCUUGAGUCCAAGAGUUUGAGACCAGCCUGGACAACAUGGUGAAACCCCGUCUCUACAAAAAAUACAAAAAUUAGCCAUGCUUGGUGGCUCAUCAUGCCUGUAGUCCCAGCUACUUGGGAGGCUGAGGCAGGAGGAUCACUUAAGCCCAGAAGGCAGAGGCUGUAGUGAGUUGAGAUCGCACCACUGCACUCCAGCCUGGGCAACACAGCAAAACCCUGUCUCAAAAAAAAAAAGUUUAAAAAUAUUGCCCGGCUCCUAGAAUUUAUUUAUUUCCUGACUUACAGCAAGCGAGUUAUCGCCUUCUGUAUUUUGUAGACUUUCUAAAUAAAGUCAAGUUCUUUUUCCACAGAGAAUAA